UGCGCCUGCGCGAGGGCCAUGGCAGCCCAUCGCGCCUGAGGAGGGUGGGAGGCGGUGGCGUCCCCUUCCUUGUGGCGGCGGGCGGGAGAGUUAGAUAGCGACCUAAGAAAACACCAUGAAAGAUACUGACAUCAAGAGACUUCUGUAUACCAAUCUUCUGUGCAUAUUUUCAAUUGUCCUAAGCAUUUUUAUUCCAUCCGUCUUCGUGGAUAACUUCUCCAUAUUGGAAACUCACUUGACCUGGUUGUGCACUUGUUCUGCUUUUGUGACUGGUGUCAAUCUCGUGCUAUAUUUAGUAGUGAAACCAAAUGUAUCUUCUAGAAGAAGUUCAUUAUCACAUAAGGUAACCAGGGUUUUGAAAUGCUGCAUCUACUUUCUUCUGUCUUGUUUUUUCCUUCAUAUCAUUUUUGUUCUAUAUGGAGCACCGCUAAUAGAGUUGGUGUUGGAAACAUUUUUAUUUGCAGUUAUUUUGUCUACUUUUACUACAGUACCUUGUUUGUGUUUGCUAGGACCAAACCUCAAAGCAUGGCUGAGAGUUUUCAGUAGAAAUGGAGUUACAUCCAUUUGGGAGAACAGUCUUCAGAUCACUACAAUUUCAAGUUUUAUAGGAGCAUGGCUUGGAGCAUUUCCUAUUCCACUGGACUGGGAAAGACCAUGGCAGGUCUGUGGGUGCAUGCUUGCUGGAGUGCACGAGCGGGAAUCAGAAUAGGUUGUCACUUUCCCCAGGUGGGUCUAGGAAUCAAACAGGUUGUCGGGUUUGGCAGCACCAGCAGGUACCUUUACCCACUGAGAUGUCCUGCCAGCCCCUACACAAUUUUCAAAACAAAGGCAAAUGGUUUGAGAGGAAGCUGGACAGUACACAGGAUACCACUGAGCCAUAUCCCCACCCCCUUGGUGCUUUGAGACAAGGUCUCAUUGCAUAGCUCAGGCUGACUUUGAACUUGUUCUGUCAUCCAGACUGUCCUGAAACUUAUGAUCCUUUUGCUCCGGCUUCAUGAUUACAGAUAUGAGUCACCGCACCAAGCAUCAUUAUCUUAAUUUUUAAAAUAUGGUUGUUUUAAGACAGAAUCUUAUGUAGUCCAUGCUGGCCUUGAAUUCCUGAUCCUCGCACCUUUCCUUCCCUAGUAUUGGGAUUACAAGCAUGUCACCAUGUUCUCAUACUCUCUGUUGCUGCAAUAAAACACUGAGCAAAGGCAACUUGGGGGAGGAAAAACUUAUUUGGCUCACACUUCCAGGUUACAGUCCCUCAUUGGCGGAGGUCAGGAGAGGAGCUCAAGACAAGAACUUGAAACAAAAACCGUGAAGGAACACUGCUUGCUCGUUCCCAGGUUCAUGCUUAGCUAGCUUAUGGGAUGGUGCCAUCCACAGCUGAUGGGUCCUCCUGCAUCAAUUAAUAAUCAAGAUAGCCCCAUAAACAUGCCUACAGGCCAGGAUAAGCUUAGAAAUCCCUCAGUUGAGCCUUUUCUUCUCAGAUGACUCCAGGCUUUGUCAAGUUGACAAUUCAAAUUAACCAGGACACACUAUAGUUUGUCAACUUGACACACAAACUCAUCACUGUGGCACCAUAACCUUUCCUCUUUUUUUGUCCCCAAGAUCUUGUUUCACCAAUUUUUAAUUGUUUUAUAAUAUGCUACUUUAUUAUAUAGUUAUUUUAUAAUGUAAUAAACUCACUAUUGAUCAUUUAGUUUAUUGCUUGUAUUUACUAUAAUAAACACUGUUGUGAUAAAUACUUCUGAAUCUAUAGCAUCAUGAAUUUUUACUGAGGUAAUUUCUCCUAAAAUGAACAAUGAUAUUAAAAAUAAAUGUACUUUUUUUCAACAUGAAGGGAAUAUUUUCUGGUCUCAAAGAAAAAAUAUAUUUGCCUUUUAAAUUUAAGCUGUAUUAAUAAUUUUUGUAGAAAGUUAAAAUUAGCUUUUUUUGUCCCCAUUCAGUGAGGGAAAACCACCAUUUGUAUUUUGAUGGUAGCUUUUGCAGCUCUCUCCAUACAUGCUAUUCAUAAUGUACAUGUUGUUUUUAAUCUGCUUUUUCCCUUUAAACUUUAUAUUAUGGUGUUACCACAUUAGUGAAGAAUUAUAUAACUGCAACAUCUCUAUUUUCUUAAAAUAAUAUGUCAGUUUUUUUUCCUUCUUUUUGGGUUUAUCAAAGCAGGGUUCUCUGUGUAGCCCUGGCUGUCCUAGAACUUGCUCUGUAGACCAGGCUGGCCUUGAACUCACAGAGAUCUGCCUCCUUAGUGCUAGGAUUAAAGGUGUGUGCCACCACUACAUGGCAAUACAUCCAUUUUUAAUGAAUGGGCAUUUAGGUUGUUUUCAGUUCACUGGUAGCAGCAUUAAUUUUAUUAUUGUCAUACUUAAGCAUAUACCUGCAUAUUUGCCGAGGUUGUAGGUAGCAAAUGGUUGGAGUUAAAUCUUUCACAUAUACAUCACUUAUAGGACCUGAAUUUUAUGUUGAACAUGACUGUCUAUUUUUAGAUCCAUUUUUGUGGUUUCACUUAGAUGUUCUCUCUCAAACAGUUGAGUGCUUCUUUCACAUUCAAUAAUUCUGGUGAGCUGCCCUCUGCAUGAUGACGGAUUGUUAUAUUGUAUAAGUCUCAGAAGGAGAAUGUGGCAGUACUGAUGUAUUGGGAGGUCUGGAGAAUGUGACCACAAGUACUGAUGUCCUACUUCUGAUCAUGUUGGUGACAGAGCUGACAUCUCAUUGCAGUCAGCCAUACUUAGUUUCAUUCAACUGAAGAUAGAUUGGAGGGCAAAUUAUUGAAGAAGGUACAUGUAUUAUUUCAAACAACCACAUUCAUGACUUUAGGCUAAUAUAAUUAAAUCUAAAUAUAGAAUAUCAAUAGAAACUAAAGCACAGUGGGACAUCAGCUUUAAUGAGUUGGUAAAAUGUCAGCGUGUGUAUAUACAUUACCUACAUUAGUGUCUACAAGUUUGAUCAUACCUGUUUAGAACUUUCCUGCAAGUCUACAGAACUAGAAGCCAGACUGUGGAAGGUGGAUGUGCUGAUUAGAGCAGGUGUCUGGGUUUGCUUAGGAGACACUGUUCACAGUCCCGUUGUCCAGUUUUAGAUUAGUCAGGCUUUUUUGCCACUAAUUUCACACCCCCUAUACUUACAAUGAAGAGUGAGCAAGAUUCAAAUUAAUAUCAAUUUUUUUAAUUAUUGUAGUUUUCCCUUAACCUAUGACAUUGGGAAGUGUACUUUUUGAGACAGGCUGUCACUGUAGCACAGGCUUCCCUGGGAUUCACGAUGUAGCCAAGGCUGACCUUGAACACCUGAUCCUCCUUCCCCACAUCCCAGGUGCUGACUGAAUUGGCCUUUUGAAUCUCUGUGAGUGUGCACUGUGCACUACUGCACACGGAGCAGUCCAGUGGUGGCGCCUCAUUGUCACUGUGUACACCUAGCUAGCUGCCUCUCUGGCUCCCGUCUCCUGGGAUGACAGCAGCUUGGGCUACUACUGAGCUAUCUUCUGAAUUAUGGACUUUAAACAAAGAUUUUCUAGUUAGCUGAUUUGAAUACAAGUUGUUAGUCAUUAUUGAGAACAUUUCACUCAGCUGGGAUACAUUGGCUGUUUUGUUCGUUUUCGAGUACUACAAGUGAAACCCUGGCUUAUUCAUUGUCAUCCUUCUAAAGUGGGACAUGUAUGCAUAAGGAAGAACAGAAUCGACAUCUCAGGCCUUUUACUCACUUCUUCAUGCCCCUUUUAGGGUUUUCUAAUAAACUGGAGAAGUGAUGAGCUUUUGGUUUUUUUCUUUCACUUUCAUUUCAGCAAACAAAGUUUUUGUGGUGCUAUUGUUAUUUUUUUAAUAAAUCAAACUCUACAGAACAAGACCGCACCAUGGCUCAUAAUGUUGACAGAAUCUGCCAGAAAAGCAGUAAACGAGAUAAGGGGAUAGGGCGUUUCCUAAUGUGGGGAUUGUGCUAGAGCGAAGGAAACUUCAGGAGAAGGUAUACUGUGUAAACUUCCUGUGAAAUACAGCAUGCUAUGAAAAGGGAAUUUCAGUUCUUUGUUCCUUGUAGCUCAGUACACACUUGAUUCGUUUAAGUUAUGUCAGAGCAAGCAUCUCUGGGUUGUGUUUUAUUUAUAUUUUGGAGAAACAGGAGUGUCUGGUUUCUUUAAAAACACACAGAGCCAACAAAAAAACCUGUCACAUUUUAAUGCUGUUUUCUCUACUCUGAAUUCAAAUUUGCUUUCAUAUAAUGUUCCUGUGGCCAGGCAUUAAUGGUGUUCUGAAAUGAGAAAUCUCAGGCAUAUUUGUAGUUUUCAAGUAGAUUCUUCAGUAAGGGACAGGGAAUUGGUGCCAAUGAAACUUACUUUCAACCAUGUGAGCUUUCAAUAUUUUAGUAGCGACAGGUGAUGAAGCUACUGGACAUCUCCAUAGUUGAAGGAAGGGAAUCCUCCCUCCAUGUGUAGAAGGCAGCAAAAGAAGGUGGCUACAGAAAGCAGGGUAGGAGGUACCUACCACACUGUUGUGACCUAUGAAAGACGUGGUUUGCUGACAAAUCUUUCAGCAUACACAAAUGCCAGCUUCAUUGUGUAUACCGAGCUUUUACCGCCUGCUUUUGGUCCUGUUCUUUCUGCUAGUAGUUUAAGUGAGUUACUUCCCUUUUGUUUCUUUGGUAUUUUCUUAACCCAAUUUAUUGAGUUUCUUGAAUUUCAUAUCGUGUUCAAUUCUGUGUGACAUUUCAGACACAAACAGAACAUGAGUCAUUUGUAGGUCUCUAUGUUCCAGGCAUGGGUUUUGGUGCUAUGCCAAAGGUAAUGUAAUCAUGGCAGCUGUAAUGCAAGGUGGUCUCAUUCCUGUUCUUAACCCACACAAAGGCAACAUGUGGAAGGAAAGAGUACACUCCAUGUUCACCAUUAUUUGACUGGCAAAGGAACGAUUUAGGAUCCGAACAAAAGCUCCACCUACACCAUGAUUUUCUUCACUGCCGGAGACUGAAAACAGUGUUUGUUUCUUUCAGGCCAUAGCUUUGUUCUCUUUAGAGUAUUAAAUUGCUUUCUUUUCCCAUAUUGUUUUUUCUAAGUGUCGUCAUCACCCUGGUGAUGUCUGUAUUUUUAGACCAAAAUUUAAUACAUUUGUAGGAGCAUAUUUAAAGCUAAUUUUCAGUGCUGUUGUAUCUGUAAAACUCAUGCUUUUUCAAGUGUGUGCACACAUAUGUAGCAUGUAGCUAUAGGAAAGUGACAGGUGUCAUGUUCCACUUACUUCUUCUAAAGACUUAUUUGUGUGUAUCUGUGCACAUGUGUGUGCCCAUGGAGUCCAGAAGGGACACUGGAAACCUCACCUGGAAUUACUGGUGUUUGUGAGCCUCCAGAUGUGGGUGCCAUCAGAGUAAAUAGGAUAAACUGAUGAAUUGCAGAGGAAGGGCUGUUAGAUCUCUGCAACCAGUUCUUUGUCUCUCACAAGCUACUUUUUAGUGGGUUUAUUGUCCUGAACAAAUUUUCAUUUGCAUGACUGUUAGAAUCCAUCUGACGAAGCCUGGUAAUGUAUUGCCUUCAAAUGAUGAUUUGCAUUUCCUUUGAAUUUGGUCCUGAGUGUGUUGCCUUGGAUACUCCUAAAGCAAAUGCUGCCCUCUGGUGUAUGGAGCUGCUCAUCUGGGUCUAGUUUGCUAACUGCAAAUGGACACUGACCUGCAUUUACUCUGACCUUUCUCCUACUACACAGAACACAUAGUUAGGAAAUUACUUGUGGAGCGGUGAAUUCCUGGUCAGGACUCCUCGAAAGUAACAGUAAACACUCCUGAACACACAUACGCAUGCGUUAGCCUGGCCAGUGCCGUCUCUAAUGAAAGUUCUGCCUUGGUCCUGUCAGCACAGCUUAUAAUGGGCACAUCUUUAACCCAGAAUUAUUUUCCGUUAAGUAUUACUUUUCCCAGUCUUGAAAUGUGUAACUAUAUAUUAACAUUUUACUUGAAUACAGUAUAAUCCCUUCAGUAAGGGAAAUACCAAUUUAGCCUAAAAUCAUGUAAGUCCUCAUUCAAUCAAACCAGUGAUCUUCGUUUUAUCCUUUACUUUGGCAUUUUGCAGUAACCAAUUCAGUUAUAAUCCUAUGACUUCUAGUUUCAAAUUACGCAAGAAUUUGUGACAUUUGUGAAUUUUAGAAAAUGUAUAUUUCAAGAAUAUGGUUUUUUACAUUGAUAUUUAUUAUUGCUGUGUAUGUAUGAGACCUGCAGGUAUAUACUGGACACAGAAACUAAGCACAAAGUGGCUAGAUGACUUGCCAAGGACCACGUUUAGUAAAUCUUAAGUCAAGAUUCAAAUCCUGUCUGUCUAAUACCAAAAUCAGUGUUCUUAAUCACUGUUCUAUGCCAGCUGGAACGCAGUCGAGAAAUAUCACACUGUACAGAUGUGUUGGAGCAGUUCCUUUCCUAAGACAUAAAUGCUUCUUGCAAAAGCAAAGUGGACACACACUUUUGGAUUAUUGCAUUUUUAUAUUGUUGUCUUUUGUUAGAUUACUUAUUUUACAUAUUUUGUGUCCAUGUAUAUGCUGUGUGUUCACAGAGGACAAAAGUGGCUGUUGAAUCCCAGGACUGAUGUUGCAGAUGGUUGUGAGCCUCCAUGUGGUGCUGGAAACCAUACUCGGUCCUCUGGAAGAGCAGCCAGUGCUCUUAACUGCUGAGCCAUCUGCCCCAUCCUACAUUGUUCCUUUCAAACUGUUUUUAUUUGACAUAAAAAACACACAUAUUCAGUUUAUUUGUAUAUUUUGAAAGUGCUUUUUGGCUUAUGAAGAUGAAAUUAUUUUAUUUCUGGAAAAAACUACAGGUUUCAGUUACCCAAAUUCUAUAUUAGAUAAUAUAAACUUUUUAUUAAUUUUUAUUACUUUGAGAAAACAGACCUUUUUUUUUGUUCUUAUUCAAGUGAUAAAGGAAAAAAAACCCACAAUAACAUAAUUUAUAGGAAGAAACAUAAUGAUGCCCAGAAAGCAAGGCAUUUUUAUUUAGGGGGGGGUGUUUGAGUUGGCUUUUUGUUUCCCUUUUUUUUCCUUGGUGUCUUGUUUUUUUGAGUAUGCUGUAGCCCAGGCUGGCCUCAAGCUUGUGGUGACCCAGCCUCCCAAGCACAAGGUCACAGGCUUGCACCAGCACCACCAGCACCGUGAUUGUGUGAGAUAGAGUCUUGCUUUGCAGCUGUGCUGGUUGGUUUUCUGUCGGCUUGACCCAGGCGAGAGCCGUCUGUGAGGAGAGCCGUCUAUGAGGAGAGCCAUCUGUGAGGGGAGCCGUCUGUGAGGGGAGCCGUCUGUGAGGGGAGCCGUCUGUGAGGGGAGCCGUCUGUGAGGGGAGCCGUCUGUGAGGGGAGCACCUCAGGGAAAAAAUGCUUUCAUGAGAUGGGGCUUCAGCAAGUCUACAGGGCAUUUUCUUACCUAGUGCUGUGGGAGGUCCAACCCAUUGUGUGUGGUGCCACUCCUGGGCUGGUGGUCCUCUGUGUCAGUCCCUGCCCUGUUUGAGUUCCUGCCCUGACUUCCUUAGAUGAUGAAUAGAGAGAUGUGGAAGUGUAAGCCAAAUAAACCCAUUCUUUCUUUCCCAAGUUCCUUUUGGAUAUGGCGAUUCAUUACAGCAUGGCCACCCUAAGACAGCAUCCUAGGUUGCUUCAAAUGAACCAUCCUCUUCCUCAGCCUCCCGAGUGCUGGGACGAAAGGCAGGUGCACUGUGUAUAGCUAGGAUGCUGACUUUCUACCUGAUGAAGCUGCUCAUCUCUAAAAUAGUUUUCUUUUGAUAACCUUACAAAUUUUAUCUACUUGCAUUGCAUUAUGUUGUUAUAUAACAUGAGAUGUUUCUUCCAUUUAGUGAUUUUUAAAAAAUAUUUGAAGUUAAAAGAAAUUAAAUAAAAUGAUCAUCAAUCACUUUGGUGGCAAACCCUAUGAUUGGCUUUCUUAAUAUGAAUGUCUUUGUUCUCAAUUUCCUAUUUUCCUUACAUAAAACCAAAUAAUUAUAUAGUGAUCUCAGAUCAUCAUAAUUUGGAGAAGUACUUGUAUCUCUGCAGCUGAAGCAGCACAUAGGUUCUAUAGAUUUUUAGAAAUACUAAUGUGUCUGUCAUAAAGAAUGUUAAAACAACUCUUUCUGUGAAACAGGAAAAUAGUUUUAAAUGGAAAACUUAAGAUCUCAUUAUUAAAAUAUAAUUAAGCUGGGCUGAGUUGACAAGUCGGGAUGAAUUCUGUGCUGUGGUGUGGUUUAAACAUUGUAAAGCAAUUGUAAGAAAGCCAGCAAGAAGCCACUUAGAAUUUUUAUUAAGGACUUGUGUGUCACAGGAGAGCCAUGCCAGUCUUCUUAAAGGCACAAAGCCUGUACCAUCACUAGAAAACCGUCUGGAAAGUUGGGACCUUUUCUUUUGCUGAUGGUAUGGAUGUCUUGAGUUUUACCUAACAGUGACUUACUGAAUGUUCCAAGCUUUAACCCCUUAGAGGAGAAAAACAUUUAACCCAACAUUUAUUUCAUUUUUUUUUCACAUUCUUUGGGGAAGUGAAGUAUGGCAGCUGUCUAAAGUAUGCGGCUGUGUAUGUCUGUGUUUGAGAACAGUGAACCACACUGAAGUCACAGAGUAAUAAAAGCAGAAUUUGGUGCCCCAAAUUGGAAUUUGGUUGGGAGCCACAGGGAUUGCUACUCUCCUCACACUCUGACUGACAGAGAGGUUUUUAGGGGGCGCAGAUGCUCGCACAUUGCCAGGGGUGAGCAGUCUCAAAGCAGAGGAAAGGGAUUAAAUAAAAACUACUAAGGUAAGAAGUUGAGUGCUUUACAUAAAUAGUAAACUGUGCAUUUCAUUUUAUUUAUGACCCCAUAUGUUAGGAAGGGACACUGUUGAAGUAACAAUCACUUAAAAAGCAACAACCAACAAACCAGUAUUUAAUUUGGUAUUUAAAACCAAUAAUUAAAAAAUCAAAUGGAAGCAAUGUCUAAAGUAACUAAGAUAAUUCAUAACAAAUAGCAGGAACCCAAGCUCUUACUUAUUGGAAAUAUAAUUCAUUGCAAGUAAGCUACAAUGUAAGGAUGGAAUAAGGGCACACAUUAGCAAAGUUCUAUUAGAUUUCAAGAUUCCCCUAACAAUUUUAAAGGACUUUAGAACAAAUUUUCUGUGCAAACACUGAUGAAUUAUAAUUUCUUCUAAGUUCAUUCAUACAUGACCUAUUUGAAGCAGUGCAUUCACUAGCACAAUUCAUGUUAAUAAAAUAGUUUUGAAAAGUAUUUUCUUUCUUAGGUAUUUCACUAGUUUGAAAGGGAUUUUCCAGAGUCUAAGUUUCUGUUGCAGCCUAAGCCUUUAAUGAAGAUAUGCUUCUGAAAAAUAAGGCAUAUUCUCUAUAAUCUGCCCAUGAAUAGAAAACAAAUCUUUGGUUUUUUUGGUUAAAGUGGCAGAGAAGAUUUUGCAAAAAGAAAUACUAAAUAACCAACACAAAGAGCUCUUAACAAGCAAUGGGAAACUCCAAACCCCAUCAAGGUAAAUAGAGUACCUAAGGCACCUCAGGUUCAGAUGAUACAAUCGUCUGCUUAGAGUUCGAGUAUCUACAUACAUGGUUCUUACAUCUGGAGAAAGGGAAGCUGAAAAAGUGAUGCCCAACUAUGGCUGCUGUGAAUCAGAAGAGAGUGAAAGAGCUCAUGAGUGGGGGGACACUGGAGAGCGUUCCCACGGUCACAGCAUGAGGAGACCGAGGUGACACCAGUGCACCUUUCCCGAUUCUUAAUCCAUUUCUCCUGGAGCAGGAAAGUUCUUGACUUUAACAUAACUGCCUAAUACAGUAAGUGUCAAGGGUUUCACAGAUGUAGAUUUGAAGAAAAAAAGAGAAAAACCAAGACCCAAACCCAUCAAAUCUCCAAAGGCAACUUGGAAAUGAAUAACACUUUACUGUCGGGAUUCCUUCAUAUCAUGGGUUUGACAACUUAGCUAGCAUGUUAACUCAUUAUACAGUUUCUUUCAAUUCUAUCUAAAAACAGACCAAAACAAAAUGGGAAAAGUACAGAAAUCCCAUUUGAGCAUACAUAAGGCCAUGAUGCUUAAUGUGAACCACAACUGCUUGGAGAAAAAGACAUCCCACGUCCACUUCCAAGAGAAAGCUCUUGUCCAGUAGACUGUCCACUACCAAGUGGGGGCGUGUGGUGCUUAGACUUCAAAAACUCCUACAAAGUCACAUGCAAAACAGUACAUCUAGAUUUGUGACUGGUGUGAACAUUUAAGGCUGUCAUUUUCAAGUAUCAAUGUUUAGUGUUCCAUUACCCAAUCUGUGCAGUAGACAAAGCUGUGAGCACAAGUCCUGGAAGAUAACAGAAGCUCGCUAAAGACAAAGACGUCGUAGUUUAAUCAACAGCAAAUUUAAAUCUAAGAAAGGCCGGCAACACGAUAAUGGAUUAGAUUUGCUUCCCUAAACUGCAUGAGGUGGUUCUCACGGAAGCUUCAUCUAACACUACUGUCUGUUGCAUGGCGUUUAGAAUAAGGCAGAUCCAUAGCAGACCGAGGAAGAAAACCAAAUGGUACCAGCCAGUUAUUAAGGUGGUUCGUCUCCAGUACACUGUGAUGGCCUAUUCCCCGAGAAGGGUUAGAAGUGGCUCCAGUACACCAAAUAAGCUUUACAAGAGACAUGGAAGUUUGCUUCCCAUAUUUUUUUACACAGGGCUUUUUAUGUAGGGACCCGCAUACCCUGUCUGCGGCAUUAAAGAAAUCACCAUUAUUUAGUUCUGGUUUAAUAAAGUAUGGCAUGGCUGGAGAAACCAUCUUGGGAAGCCUGUAGUAUUGUUUGCCUUGUACUCUAUCAGUGUGUAUAAGCUGUGGGCUGUACCCUCUGUGGCUACGGUAUCUGUAGCUCAUGGAAGCAAAACACCCACACAUUCCACGGAACAUGCUUAGAUUCUAGGUCUUCCCUCUGACACAACUGAAGGUUUCUAAGGUUUGUCAGCCUACUCUCUUAUUGUUUCCUUUGAUGUACACAGCCAAAGUGGGAAUUAGAAAAAUGACCAACUAACUCAGAAAGCUAAACUGAGUUGAGGAUUAUGGCAAACUAUGACCCAAUUUUUAAAUUUGUACCUUAGCAUGUAUUUCAUGCAAUUUGGGGAACAUCAAACUAAAUCUACAGUUGCCAGAAGCCUUGUUACCUUUUGAUGCACAUUAAUUAAAAUGUGUACAUUUUAGUGUUCAUGGUAAAUGCAAUUAUGACCUAUUAAACUUUUGGCAUUCUUUAAGAAAGCACAUUAAGCUUCGCUAUAGAAAUGUUUAUGUUACACUUAAUUUGUGCUCAAGUAAUAAUAAAACAUCAGUUGGUUUUGAUUUCAUAAUUCUUUCCUCAGGUGUGGCCCAUCUCCUGUACACUCGGAGCAACCUUUGGCUACGUGGCUGGCCUGGUGAGCUCACCACUCUGGAUAUACUGGAAUAGAAAGCAACUCGCAUACAAGAGCAGUUAAGAGGAGGAAGGGGAGAAGCUGUUUCUUGGUGCAGAUUCCAUAAGGGCUGUGCAGAGGUGGAUGGUCAAAGCCAAGCGGUUCCAUUUACAGCACUGUUGUUUUGUCAAUGUUGUCUCAACGUGAUGUGAUUGUAGCUUUUAACUAUGAAACCCCUGAGAGAUUGUACCUUCUAGUUGAAAUAAAGUAUUUAUAGUAGA